UAUCGAAUCACUUUGUAUUGCGUUACUAAAAAUAAUGUUUCCCUGAUUACAGGAGAGGAUGGCAAUGGAAACCUAAUAGCAGAAGCCAUGAUAGCUUUCAUGACCAUCGCCUUCUAUGUUUCCGUGUUCUUGCUCAACUCAAAUCGCAUUCAGAAAGCCAUUGAGAUAUGCAGGGAAUGUUUGAUUUUGCUAAAUAGCACCGAUCAAAACAGCAAAGACAUCUUUAUAGUUGUUUUCAGCGAGAUGCUGUUUGCCUUAUACAGAAAGUCUGGAAUUAUGCUUAAAACACUUGGCGAAAACCUAAAGGCGAAGGAAUAUUUUGAGAGGGCCCUUGCUAUAGCUACCGAAAUUGGCGACAGAAGAGGAGAAGCAUUAUGUUAUGGACACCUAAAAUAUGACAAAGCUGAAGAUUAUCUCCAAAGAGCGCUUGUCAUCAAAACUGAAAUUGGCGACAGAAAUGGGGAAGCAACAUCUUAUGGAAACCUAGGUGCUGUGUUUCUGUCGCUCGGGCAAUACAACAAAGCUGAAGAGUAUCUCCAAAGAGCACUUGUCAUCCACAGUGAAAUUGGCCACAGAAAUGGGGAAGCAUCAUGUUAUGGAAACCUAGGUACUGUGUUUCAGUCGCUCGGGCAAUACGACAAAGCUGAAGAGUAUCUCCAAAGAGCGCUUGUCAUCAGAACUGAAAUUGGCGACAGAAAUGGGGAAGCAUCAUGUUAUGGAAACCUAGGUACUGUGUUUCUGUCGCUCGGGCAAUACGACAAGGCUCAAGAGUAUCUCCAAAAGGCGCUUGUCAUCAGAACUGAAAUUGGCGACAGAAAAGGAGAGGCAACUGACUACGGAAACCUUGGUACUGUGUUUCUGUCGCUCGGGCAAUACGACAAAGCUGAAGAGUAUCUCCAAAGAGCGCUUGUCAUCAGAACUGAAAUUGGCGACAGAAAAGGAGAGGCAUCAUGUUAUGGAAACCUAGGUACUGUGUUUCAGUCGCUCGGGCAAUACGACAAGGCUCAAGAGUAUCUCCAAAAGGCGCUUGUCAUCACAACUGAAAUUGGCGACAGAAAAGGAGAGGCAACUGACUACGGAAAUCUUGGUAAUUUGUUUCAGUCGCUCGGGCAAUACGACAAGGCUCAAGAGUAUCUCCAAAGAGCGCUUGUCAUCAAAACUGAAAUUGGCGACAGAAAAGGGGAAGCAUCAUGUUAUGGAAACCUAGGUACUGUGUUUCAGUCGCUCGGACAAUACGCCAAGGCUAGAGAGUAUCUCCAAAAGGCGCUUGUCAUCAGAACUGAAAUUGGCGACAGAGAAGGAGAGGCAACUGACUACGGAAAUCUUGGUAAUUUGUUUCAAGCUAUGGGAGAUUAUGAAGCCUCAGAAGUAUGCUUAGAGAAAGCUUUAUCGAUAUCCAGAGAUAUUGGAGAUAGAAGAAAAGAGUUCGAAAUCCUUCAAAGUUACGCCAUUUUGUAUUUGUCGCAAGAUAAAAAAAAAGAAGCCCGUUCGUAUCUUCAUCUCUGCAUUGAAAAGUAUGAGGAGCUGAGAUAUUUCUUGGGCGCCAAUGAUCACUUCAAAACAUCACUUCUGGAGCACUCAGGAAUAUUUCCCUACAAGCUGCUUUGUAGUUUGCUUUGUGACACCGGAAAUGCUCGGGAUGCUCUUUAUGUUGAGGAGUUGGGUCGAGCUAGAGGCCUAUCAGACUUAAUGGUAGAGAAGUACUCGGUUGAAACGCACAUCUCUGCUAAUCCGCAAUCUUGGUUUGGCGUUGAGAACAUUUUUAGAAAGAAAAAUAACUGUACUUGUCUGUACAUUUCUUAUUUUCACAAUGAUCUGCGUUUGUGGAUCUUAAAGACAAGUGGAGUCCUUCACUAUAGAAGAAUAUCAGUAGAAGAGAAUCUAGUUCAGGCUGGGUUGCCCAAAGAUUUGCCUUUGAGUAAAUUUUUGGAUGAUAAUUUCCGGAGUCUUGGUAUUUUGCCCACUAAAGAUUGUGAAGAUCGGUCUUUAAAUAUGGUUAAAUUGCGACCUCUCUCCCCCGCAAAGAAGAGCUCAGCAAGAUUGCGACUCGUGGAGGAGGACGAGGACGAGGACGAGGAUGAGGACGAGAAAGUGAUUUCAAGUCUAUUUUUGUGUUACAAAAUGUUUAUUGCUCCCGUUUAUGAUUUGCUUGAGGAGCCUGAAGUCAUCAUCGUUCCUGACCGCAGUUUGUACAAAGUUCCCUUUGCUGCACUGAGUGAAAAGGAGGGAGCCCAAUACCUCUCGGAGACUCAUAGAAUCCGUGUCAUUCCUUCUUUGACAACACUCAAGAUUAUUCAAGAUAGCCCAGAGGACUAUCACAGCAACACUGGUGCCUUGAUAAUAGGCAACCCUAAGGUUAAUUGGCUGCCGUCAUUGCCAGGUGCGAGAGAGGAAGCGGAAAUGGUCGGACGACUGGUGGGUGUUCUGCCUCUGGUAGGAGAAGAAGCAACAAAGCAGGCGGUGCUUGAGCGGAUAAGUUCAGUGAGCCUCAUUCAUUUUGCUGCCCAUGGUGACGCCGAGAGAGGAGAAAUUGCCCUCUCCCCCAUCCCUAGUACUUCCAACAGGCGAAACGCUAUCUUACCACAUGAAGAUUACAUGUUGACGAUGGCUGAUGUAUCACGAGUGAAAGUCAGAGCUAAACUGGUGGUACUUAGCUGCUGUCACAGUGGAAGAGGUGACAUUAGAGCCGAGGGAGUUAUAGGAAUUGCCCGUGCGUUCUUAGGAUCCGGUGCUCGCUCGGUGUUGGUUGCGCUGUGGGCCAUUUCAGACUCAGCAACAGAGCAGCUGAUGAGUCGGUUCUACGAACACCUUGUAGAGGGAGAAAGUGCCAGUGAAUCCCUCCAUCAGGCCAUGAAGUGGAUGAGAAAAAGCAAGUCUACCAGUGUGUCUGAGUGGGCUUCGUUUACGCUGAUUGGAGAUGAUGUGAGACUCGGGUUUGACAAGCAGAGAGAAAGAGCCCCGACAGAGUAA